AUGUCGAUUAACAGACCGAAAAGGCCGCGAGAACCUACCACAAUGAGGCCAUUCACAAACAUCGUUACAAUUCUCCUAGUGCUGGUAUUCAUAUCGGCUUUUUAUUUGGUUAUUUCAUUUAAACCCCUAACUAAGGAAGAGCAAAUCGAACGUUACAACAAAAUGAAUCAAGAUGUGGAACCAUUUAGGAGGAAUAUAAGUGAGUGUGCGCGUCAGGUCAAAGCGUCGAGAACAGAUGUCGAGCAUUUCUUGAAGAGAAUCCCACAACCAACAUUACAGGGGAAGUGUUUCGUUGCAUGUAUAUUAAAACGUAAUUCUAUUAUAAAGAAGAACAAAAUUGACGCUGAAAAUCUUUUAAACGCAAACAAAGCUGUGUACGGUGAAGAUGAAGAAGUGAUGAACCGUUUGAAAUCCGCUGUUCAAGAAUGUAUUCAAGUUGUUGAUGGUAUAUUUGAAAUUUGCGAAUACGCGUCUAUGUUUAAUGACUGUAUGCAUAUGAAAAUGGAACAUAUUUUGGAUAAAGUAAUGAUGGAGCGGCGAAUGGAAGCACUGGGGCAGAUGAGCGCUAGUGACGACGAUUGGUCUGUGGAAGAGGAGGAAAUACUAAGACUAGCAAAAGACGAACUGUAG